AUGAGUAAACAGGAAACAACCCUAACUGAUCCAGCCUCGCCGGCGACGUCUUCACCGCCGGAGAGUCCGAGGGACUACUCGGCGCUGCGACGCGACGCCCUGCUGGACAUCUUCAGGCGGGUCCCUCACGCCGACAUCCUCCGUGGCGCGGGGCUCGUGCGCGCGUCGUGGCGGCGGUUGGCCGUCGCCGAGCCCGCGCUGUGGCGGCACAUCGACCUCUCUGCCGACGAGGACAAGAUCGUAUCGCCAAAAUACGCCCCCGCGCAGUGGCAGGCGAUGGCGCGCGCCGCCGUGGACCGCAGCGCCGGCCAGUGCCAGUCCUUCCGCGGCCGCGCAGACGGCGACUUCCUCGCCUACCUCGCCGACAGGUCUCCUGCCCUAAGGAGUAUCCAUGCAUGUCACGUGUCCUGGAUCUACAUGCCCCGAAGGGGAUUCAUCGAGGGGGUGAUCGAGAAGCUCCCGCUGCUGGAGCGGCUCGUCAUGUCGCGCGGGUACUUCCAUGCGUCGGCGGAGGUGAUGCGCGCGUUGCUCGACCACUGA